GAUCAUAAGUGUGUCUCUGCAGAGCGGGUUGGAUCAUAACCAAAAGAUGUUUUCUUUGAAUCAUCUCUCCGUCUUUGCUGUGAUUGGCUUCCUGCUCCUCCUGUUCACCUGCAAAGGUGAGUCACAGCAGACGGAUUCGGUCACAGUAACGGCCAGUGAGGUCGCGGUUCUGCCGCUUUUCCUGAAUCCUCCUAAAGAUGCAACUAAGAUGACAGUGGAGUGGGGCAGACCCGACCUGAAACCCAGAUUUGUGUUUGUGAAUCUCGGCGGUGAAGAAUAUGCAGACGAACAAAACGAAGCCUACAGGGGAAGAUCGUCAUUUCCUGAAAAUCUGAAAAAUGGAGACAUUUCACUGAAACUCUCUGAUGUCAGAAUAUCUGACAAUGGAAAAUACAGAUGCUACUUACCGAAAGAGAAGAAAGAAUAUUUUGUUGAGCUUGUUGUUGGCUCCGUCUCCUCACCUGCGGUCAGUUUAUCUGGACUGGAUGUGAGCAGCAGUGGAGUGAUGCUGGACUGCAGCGCUGCAGGCUGGUAUCCAGAACCUGAGCUGCUCUGGCUGGACGCAGACGGAAACAUCAUGUCUGCUGGACCUGCAGAGAAAAGCUCCGAUCCUGAUGGCGUUUACACCGUUAGCAGCAGAGUGACUGUAGAGAAGAGAAAGUACAACAACUUUACCUGCAGAGUCCAGCAGAGAGACAUCAACCAGAGCAGAGAGACACACAUUCAUGUUCCAGAUGGUUUCUUCGUGUCUCAGCCUGACUGCAGUGUUUUUGACAUUUUUGCUGUGAUUCUGGGGAUCAUAAUUAUUAUUGGAGCUGCUGGUUUUAUAUGGAAAUGGAGACAAACUGAAAACUCAAAGAAGAAACUAAAAGGGGAAAUGAGUGAGGAGAAAGAACAGCUCAUGAAAAAAGAAAAAGAUAAAUAUCUGAGAAGAAAUCAAAGCUUGAGGAGGAGAUAAAAUACAGAAAUGAGGAUCAGAGAAUUAUUGAUCAGCUGAUUGAAUCAUUAAUGAUGAUGUCAGAGGAUCUGAAGAAUCAGAGAAAAACAAUCAAUGAUCAAAGAGAGAAGACAGUGAGAAUGACUGAUGAGGAUGAGAAGAAAUUUAACACAGUUAUUGAUGAAGUGAGAAAACAGACGGGGAACAAGAUGGCAGAAAGCAAAAGGAUAUUUAAAACUGAAGGAAAUGAUGACAGAGAGCCUGGAGAAACUGGAAAAGAGCAAGAAAGAUCAUCAACAAGUGGAAAUGAUGACAGAGAAACUAAUAGAUAAAACAUCUAAAGAUGUUGAUAAGCUGAAGGAGAGGAAACAGGAAAUAGAGAAAAAUGUACAGGAAAUAAAAAAACAACUUGAAGAAAUGAAAACAUGAAUGUGAUGAAAACAUGAAUGUGAUUUAACUGCAGAGACAGAAACAGAUCAACUUCAGCUGAUUUCUGUCAGAAAAUACGUCGAGUUUCAAUUCAGCAGAUUUGCUGAUUUUUAAUUAAAGUUUUUUUCUGAGUAGAAAUAUAAGAUGAAAAUAUUUUCUCAGAUACAAAGUUUUCUUCUCAUGAUGUUUAGAAACCUUUGGAAUUAAAUUAGAACAUAUUAUAAAAAAUUCAAAGCUUGUGAUGUUUGUUGUUUUUCUGUUAUCUGUACGCUAAGCUUCUUGUUCAGUUUCAGGACAAAGUGAGAGAUUAUAUAAUUAAUUUAGUUUAACUGACCUCUAAUGUAUCUAUAUGUUGACCAGUAAAGAUUUCCACUGUAGAAGCUAUAAAGCAUUAAUUAAUGUACAAGAUGUAAAAAUAGCUACCAUUUCCUUUUUUUUACUAAUAUGAAUUAUGUUUUUACGAGCUUUUUGUAUUUCUUUUAUCUUUCAUGUAUUUACCAAUGUCUUUUUUUAAAGUGACAUUUAUUAAGUUCAUCAGGAACAUUAAGAUCAAUCAAACCAAAA